AUGAAGUCAAUUGCUUGCUUUGCUGCCGUGCUGCCGUUGGUUGGCUCGGCUGUCCCCGCCUGCGCCAAAGAAGUCGCGUUGCGCUUCUACUCUGCGCAAGACUACCCGCUCUCGGAAUGGAACUCGAAGCUGUAUGCCGACGUCGAGAAAGACAACAUGAACGAGUGGUGGCUGUACAACGAGCAGUUCCUACAGCUCCGCAGCAACAGCAACCAGCGCGAGUGCCUCGACGCGUACCCCAAGGACGGCAAGUACUGGGUCCACACAUGGGAGUGCGAUCGCGCUAACCCCAACCAGCGGUGGCGCGUGGAUAUGGCCAACCACCGCAUCCAGCACGCCACGCACCCGAACGUGUGUCUGGAUGCCGACCCCACAGCCCCCGAGCACCAGGUCCAAGUGUGGGAGUGCCAUUCCCACGACGUUAACAAGAACCAGUACUGGUCCGUGGUCCAGGAGAUCGGCCAUUUGCAGCGCAAGGACCUGCUCCUGACCAAUACGGAGCGCAACGACAUACAGGGUAACGUUUCGUUUGCGCCGCUGCUGCCGAAAGACCAGGCCGAGAAUCCGUCCGACCCGAACGUGCAGCAGUCGGUCGAGUGGCACCAGGUGUGGGCCUACAACCGCUACUACCACCUGGUGCAGUCGGUCGACGACGAAAACUGCCUCGACGCGUACGAGCCGUGGAACGGUGGUCGCGUGCAGACGUCGAAUUGCGACACUAACCAGAAUCUAAAGUGGCAGUAUGAUGUGUACACCAAACAGCUGCGCCACUUGACGCACAAUGGAUAUUGCCUCGACAUCAACGACGAGACCGGCGCGCGGCCCCACCUCUGGCAGUGCCACCCUCCGACCCAUAACUUUUACUCGCUCCAAAAGUUUGACCUGUUCCAGACCUCUUCGUCGUUCAAUUAA